AUGGAGUCAAAUUCGAAACGCCGCAAGAUAGACCAUGACGGCUUAAGACACGAUGCUCUCAUUGAUUUUGAGGCUCGUAGCUCUGCCCGUGUCUCAACCGCUAGCACAUUCGUGCUCCAAACCGACGAGCUCCUGAAAGAAGCAAAACUCGAUUACGGAAAGGCAUUAAAGGGAGUCGAUGAACAUCUGCAUCGAUUAAAGGAGGCCAUUGACACUGCGACACCCCAUGGUCCUGAACCUAUCACCCAAGUCACCACUCGCUUUGAGAAGAAGCAUCGCAUCGUCAUUCCAUACCCCGAUCCAAAGCCCGCAAAAGAUGCGCCAUACAAGCUUUCCUACGAGAAGCCAGCUUCCUACAAUGUCGUCGGCAGUUACGUCGCCAAGACCAUGGUCAAGUCCCAGGCGCAAUUUGGAAUCGACAUGGUGGUCCAGAUGCCCAAGAGCAUGUUCCAGGAGAAGGACUUUACGAGCAUGCGAUACUUCUACCGCAGGGCUUACUACAUCGCCUAUAUCGCCGCCAGCGUUAAGAAAGAGUUGGGUGAUUCAAUGGACAUUGGUUUUGAAUACUUGAAUGAGAACUCGCUUUUGCCUGUACUCGCACUUCGACCCAAGCCCGAAGAGGAGGAUGAGGACAACAAGGAGACCAAGGAAAAGGCUUCCAAGAAAAAGUCAAAGGCCUCAAAAUCCCCGUAUACCAUUCGACUUAUCCCCUGUGCGCCUGAGGGACUCUUCCCUAGGUCAAAGUUGCUUCCUAGCUCUAACAACAACCGAAGUGGGGAGACCGACGACAAGAAGACCAAGUCCGACACUCCUUUUUACAACUCUACUUUGAAAGCAGAGGAAACAUUCAUUUCCUACUUGCGUGUCCUUACACAUGCUAAGAAUGAGUGCCCGGGUCUGACUGAUGCCUGUGUGCUGGGACGAAUAUGGCUGCAACAGAGAGGCUUUGGCAGUUCCUUGUCCCGAGGUGGCUUUGGCCACUUUGAGUGGUCUGUUAUGAUCGCUUUGCUGCUCCAGAUGGGUGGACGCAAUGGCAAGGCCUUGUUUUCCAACUCUCUCAGCAGCAUGGAGCUCUUCAAGGCCGCCGUUCAGUUCCUCUCGACUACCGAUUUUAACGAGAAGCCAUUUGUUUUUGGUUAUUCCAAGAUGAGCGUCGAUAACGCUCGAGAAGAUGGCCCUGUCAUGUACGACCCCAUCAGAGAACUUAACAUCCUGUCAAAUAUGAGCCCCUGGUCUGCCAGCCUCCUUCAGAUGCACGCCAAGACAACUACAGACAACUUUGCAGACGAAGCCGCCGACAAGUUUGCCCCUACGUUCAUUAUCAAAUCGGAUGCGCCCCUCCAGACUUUUGAUGCCAUUUUCGAGCUCAAGAGCCAGGGAUCCAAGCCUUUGGACUCUCCUGAUUGCAGAGGAUCCGCUUGGAAUUUUAGCUUGGAAGCCCACAAAGUGCUCAAGCAGGCCUACGGUAAUCGAUCCCACCUCUUGCAUUUCCAGUUGCCUUCAAAGGCUGGUUGGAAACUGGGCGCUGCACCACCUUCAGACUCUGGCAAAGUUCAGUUUGGCGUCAUGUUCGAGUUUGCCCAAAUGGGUCGUCAAAUGGAGCAUGGUCCUCCAGCCGAGGAACCAGAGGAAGCUGCAAGGUUCCGUCGAUUCUGGGGUGAGAAGGCCGAGUUGCGUCGCUUCAAGGAUGGAAGUAUUCUCGAGUGUGUUGAGUGGUCAAGCAAGGUACCUUUCAGGAUUUGCGAGGAGAUUGCCGAGCACACCUUGAAGCGACACCUCAAGGUUGACAGCGGAGAUAUUGUUGCAUUUGGCGCAGGUUUCUCCAACAUAGUUACAUUCUCGCAUAUGGAUAAGGAGGCUUUCGACGCUGCCCGACGAGCUUUCCAAACUCUUGAAUACGAUAUUCGAAACCUCGAAGAUUUGCCAUUGCAGAUCCGACAACUUUCGGCCGUAUCGCCAGCUGCCAGAUAUGCUUCCAUUGAUGCCCCUAGUCCCGGCUUCCACACAGGAACUAUCGAGCCUACAGAUGUCAAUAUUUACUUUGAGGCAUCAGGCCGGUGGCCGGAGAAUUCAGUUGCCAUCCAGGAAACCAAGAUUGAGUUUCUACUCGAUUUCGAUAGACGUCUUACAUCGACCAAAGAGAACAUCAAAACCUACCUUGGUCGAGAUAACAAGGAGAUUGGCAUCGAGAACCUGGCCUAUCUCGACAUUGUCUAUGAUACUGGAGCAGCGUUCCGAUUGAGGAUUCAUGCUGAUCUUGAAGAUAUCCUAUUGGAGCGACAAAUCAAGAACAAGACACUUGACCCUCGUAUCCGUGAGGAGUCAGAAGUGGUUCGAGCGAGAACCAAGUGGUUCUUUGAGACACUGCCAAUUCAUACACAAACUAUCGCAACUUUCUGCACAAGACUUCACCCUCUAUCCCAGACUAUUCGCUUGGUGAAGCAAUGGUUCAAUGCCCAUAAGCUUUCAGGACAUAUUAGCGAAGAGCUUAUUGAGCUCUUUGUCCUGAAUGUUUUCUUACAACCCUACCCUUGGCGCGCGCCCACAAGUGCCUCAACCGGUUUCUUGCGCACCUUGACUUUCCUGUCUCGUUGGGAUUGGCGUGAUGAGCCUUUGAUUGUCGACUCGGCCGAGGAGUUGACGGAUGACGACCGACACAACAUCCGUAAUGAGCUCGAGGCUUGGCGUAAGAAGGAUCCCAACAUGAACCACACAGUCAUGUUUGUUGCUACCUCUGUUGAUAUAUCUGGAUUGGCCUACACCCGCAACGGGCCCUCAAAGCUCAUCGCUUCGCGCAUGACACGUUUGGCCAAGGCCGCAUGCAAACUUGUCAAAGACAGUGGCUACCUCAUCGACGCCACUGAGCUGUUCGACACAUCACUCGAAGACUACGACGUUCUCUUCCAUCUCUCUCGAAAGGCCAUCCGCUCAAUUCUUCGAGAGGCAGCUUCCGAUCCCUCAGCCCGCCGCCAUUCCCAAUUCAAGAACCUUGAUGAACGAACAGGUAGUGCACCCCUCCCCAUCCGCGCUCACCCCAUCGAUGUCUUUAUGCAGGAGCUCCAGCGCGUGUACGAGGACACACUCGUCUUCUUCAGGGGAACCCACAAUGGUGAAGAGGACGAUGCUGUCAUCGGCGCUAUCUGGAACCCGAAGCUCCAGCAGCAAAAGUUCCGAGCUGGUCUACCUUAUAACUUCCUCAGAGUCACCGGUGAAGAUGAAGAUGUUGUGGCGGUGAACCGAAAGGCUGUGUUAUCAGAAAUUGCAAGAAUUGGAGGUGAUAUGAUUAGGAAGAUCGAAGAAGUCGAGUAA